GGCGUGUUGUCGGCGGCCGCGGGCCUGUACGUGUUGCGCCGGCUGGGCCUGGCCAUGGCCUGGAAGUCCGGAGGCUCCAGCCACGCCGAGCUCAUACACAACCUCCGCAAAAAUGGAAUAAUCAAAUCAGAUAAAGUAUUUGAAGUAAUGCUGGCCACAGACCGCUGCCACUAUGCAAAGUGCAAUCCGUACAUGGACUCACCACAAUCAAUAGGCUUUCAAGCAACAAUCAGUGCCCCACACAUGCAUGCCUAUGCUCUAGAACUUCUAUUUGAACAACUGCACGAAGGAGCCAAAGCUCUUGAUGUGGGAUCUGGAAGCGGAAUCCUCACUGCGUGCUUUUCCCGCAUGGUUGGUCCCACUGGAAAAGUUGUAGGAAUUGAUCAUAUCAAAGAGUUAGUAGAUGACUCUAUAAAUAAUGUCAAGAAGGAUGAUCCAUCGUUUUUGACUUCAGGACGAGUGAAACUGAUCGUGGGGGAUGGAAGAAUGGGCUAUCCAGAAGAAGCUCCCUAUGAUGCUAUCCACGUGGGCGCUGCCGCACCAGUUGUCCCCCAAGCACUUAUAGAUCAGUUAAAGCCUGGUGGAAGAUUGAUAUUACCAGUCGGUCCUGCAGGUGGAAACCAGAUGCUGGAACAGUAUGACAAGCUAGAAGACGGCAGCGUCAAAAUGAAACCAUUGAUGGGGGUGAUAUAUGUGCCUUUAACAGAUAAAGAGAAGCAAUGGUCCAGGUGGAAGUGAUUUUCUGUUCCACUGUCUCUUCUUCCACACACACACAUACAAGGGAUGAAUUGUAAAAGCUACAUCGACUUGACCUGAAUAUAGUAUUUCAGUGACUUGCUCAUCUCCAGUUCUAAAAGCCUUUUUGAAAACCAACAGCAUCGCAGCUUGCUUUGGACUUUGUUAUACUGUUAGAAUCAGCAUGAAAAUGCGUGGUUUUGUGGGUUUUCCAUUUAUUUUUUUAAAACAGCCCAGAGAUAAUCUGACAGAGGGAUGACGAAGGGUUACUUGUGGGUUAUUUGGGCAGGGUUACUCCAACAUGGUCUGAUUUUACUUGCAGGUGUUAGAAAGAAAGGGAUUUCUGCAAAACUGGGGGAAAAAAGCUGGUUUGUGAACUCUGAUUUUGUUUUAUAGGGGUGGUUUUUCUUCUCUUGGACACUCAUUUCAGUUCUCAUUGAUCGAUUUGCUUCUGUGCACCCUAUGACACUACGAAAAUAUCUGGUUCAGUUAUCUGUUAUAGGAGCCUUAGAAAAUAGAAGUGAGCUUCCUUUUUAAAACUUUUGAUGUGGUGUCAUAGAAUAGCAUGUAAUAGAUACAAUCAGCUGCUUUGAUAGAUACCUUAGAAACCAGGCCUUUGUAUAUACUAUACUUCAAGAGAUCACAGAAGGUGUCUCAUGUACCCAACUGUUCGAUCUGGACACAAUUGACGAUUCUCCUCCUGCCUUUCAAAAUGACAAAAAAUGCAAAGUUCAUUAUUUUUCCUGUUUAUAACUUACUACUGAUAGUGUAUGAAUUUAGCCUGCUGUGUAAGCUCUGUCCUAAUUAUUGAACAGUUUAUGCAGUGCUGCUUUGCCAAAUAAAGUUAAAAGCAAAAAUGAA